AUGAAGCUGCUGCAACGUAAUAAUAAACUUCAUAGGGUAGAUAAGAGUGCGUCUCUUGGACUUUUCAUAAAUAAUACAUUAUCAGGACCUAUGAUGAUGAUAUUAUUCUACUUAUGUUUCACCACAAUUCUCUUGUCACAUUUGACUUCUGCGGCCGAAACAUUUUUAACUUUUGGUGCUGAGAAGGAUCUCAGGAUAAUUCAAGGAACUAGCUAUACGGAUGGAACUCUCUUAUUGAGAUUAACCAAACUAGGGAACAAAGCAAAUUGUAAUGAACCAAAAUUAUGGUUAGAUGUAAUCGAACCUGAUGGAAAACUCACCGCUUUAACUAUUGACAACCACAACAUUCCUGAAGAUAAUUUUUGUUCGAUUUCAAAAAAGGCUCUAGUUAAAAGACAUCCAGAGUGUGAUGGCGAUGGUGCCACAUCUGAUGCAUGUUGUAACAAAUUCCCGGAAUUAUGUAAAAAACCUAAAACUAAUACCGAUUGUGGAAAAGAUCCCGCCAAUCCAACUUGUAAAAAUCCUAAAGACCCAAAGACGCCUAAUGAACCAAAUGCUUGCACAAAUCAACCUCAAUCCGAAGAUUGCCAAACCUUUUGCGCAAAGAAUCCUGGCGCGAAUGGAUGCGGUGCAAAGGUUCCUCAGAAUUGUGAAAACAACCCAAAGGCUCCCGGCUGUGACACGUGUUCGGUAAAUCCAAAGGCUCCCGGCUGUGACACGUGUUCG